AAAGUAAUCGAUCUGAAGGUGGAAAAUAGUGUCGCAGGCCUAUGAGUCGAACACUGAUAACUCCACUGAGCAAAGAUGGCGGAUGACAAGGAUCCUCUGAAACAGUUGAAAGAUCUGACAAAGCUCAAAAACCAGUUGGAGGAAAUCCAGAGGCGAGUAGAGAACGAAAUUUCUGUAGGACUUCCUCAGGGAGGCUCAGUGUUGGGAUCUCCAUUUCUGAAGGGCUUUCUGGCCGGCUAUGUGGUGGCCAAGCUACGCUCCUCUGCCAUCCUGGGAGUGCUGCUGGGAACAAUCACUGGCAUGUAUGUGGCACAGAACUAUCAAGUGCCCAACAUUGAAAGGACUGUGAAAGACUAUAUGAACAGCAUGAAAAAAGGACCAAAAUAAUCUGGGCCGACUGCUGGUCUCGGCGGUG